CAUAUCCCACCCACUACUACUACUACUACUUCCCUUCUCACUUUCGCCUCAUUUAUUCACAAAUGCGCAGAAAAUACGUCGUAUUUGCGCAUUUUAAACUUAUAUAAUUGUUUUUUACUUCCUGAGAAUAAAAACAAUUAUAUAUUAAGCCGUGGAACAGAGAUUAAAAAGGAGAAUUUAUACUAGGUGGAGAGUACUAAUGCAGACCGUUAUACAUGCUGGACCGAGCAGCCAAUGCAGAGUAUCACAUGCAGAGGAAACUUUCAUGAGGUCGCCGAUGUAUUGCAGUGGGAGUUUGAGAAGAUUUUUACUCCAUUUUUGUUAUUUACAUCAUAUAAUACAGGUUUUUUAUACUGAAGAAAAAAAAACAUCUGGUAUUGAAAAUUUGACAUUAAAUUAGUGUAAUGUUUUAUAUGACAGUUUGCAUCAAUGACUGAAUAUUUUGUUUGCCUCUAUGUAACAUUGUUAAUUUAGAAAUAAUUUGUUAUACUAAGAAGUGUAGUUGGUCAUAUGAAACAUUUUGGUUUUUAAUUGAUAUAAUUGUGUUUUAUUUGUGUACUAGAUUUGAUUCCUUUGUGGUGUCAGAAGUCUUUGUUUUGUUAUAGGAAUAUUUGAUUUGCAGUAUCAUUGAAAGCAGGCUGUAAAUGAGCUAGGAUUAUUUUGAACUUGCAAAAGACCUGGAUGCAACCUACCAUUCUGUGAGAUGUAGACUUUGUGAUUACAUGAAUUAAAACUGUUUACUUCAGUGCUUCCUCUCAUUCCAGCAAUUUCACUGUCUGAAGGUUUGGCAAUAGUUGGUUCAUUUUGAGAGCUUCUCUGGAUGAAACUGAAAACUGACAUUGUUUCAAAGCUGUAUAUUCAACAUCUUUUGAGAAUGGAAGCUGAAAACUUAGUUUUGCCUUUAAUCAAACAAGAAAAUGACAAUUUUGAGGAUGAACAUACCGAAACCACAGUAGAUUCUUUCAUAGAGGUCAAGGCAGAGCCAGAAUAUAUUGAUUGGGAUGAAGUUGAUGUAAAAGAUACAUGCCAGCCUUUAGAGAGUGUAGAAGACCAUCCAAGUUUUGGCGUGGAAAGCGGAAAGAUCUAUAUUGCAGAAGAAAAUAGACAUUUGGGGACAACUGAAGGCCAAGGGACAAUUUCACAGAUAUGCAACCAGAAAUCCCUCGUGAGAACUCAUAUAGGAGAGAAGCGGUUCACUUGCUCUUUAUGUCAAAAUAGUUAUUCUUUCUUACAUGGUCUCAAAAGACACAUGAAAACUCAUACAGGAGAGAAACCAUAUACCUGCUCAGUAUGUCAAAAAAGUUUUUAUACAUCAGGUGAUCUCAAAACACACAUGAGAACUCAUACAGGAGAGAAACCAUUUACUUGCUCUGUAUGUCAAAGGAGUUUUUCUUGUCAAAGUCAUCUCAAACCACACAUGAGAACUCAUACAGGAGAGAAACCAUAUACUUGCUCUGUAUGUCAAAGGAGUUUUUCUAGUCAAAGUAAUCUCACAAUACACAUGAGAACACAUACAGGAGAGAAACCAUAUUCUUGCUCUGUAUGUCAAAGAAGUUUUUCUCGUCAAAGUAAUCUCACAAUACACAUGAGAUAUCAUUUAAAGAAACAAAAAAAUAAUAAUUUGGAAGAUGAACAUAGCAAAAUCACAGUUGAUGGAUCUGUAUUUGUAGAUUCUUCCAUAGAAGUGAAGGGAGAGCCAGAAUAUAUUGAUUAUGAUGAAGUUGAUGUAAAAGAUACAUGCCAGCCUUUAGAGAGUGAAGAAGACCAUCCAAGUUUUGGCGUGGAAAGCGGAAAGAUCUAUAUUGCAGAAGAAAAUAGACAUUUGGGGACAACUGAAGGCCAAGGGACAAUUUCACAGAUAUGCAACCAGAAAUCCCUCGUGAGAACUCAUACAGGAGAGAAGCGGUUCACUUGCUCUUUAUGUCAAAAUAGUUAUUCUUUCUUACAUGUUCUCAAAAGACACAUGAAAACUCAUACAGGAGAGAAACCAUUCACUUGCUCAGUAUGUCAAAAAAGUUUUUAUGCAUCAGAUGUUCUCAAAACACACAUGAGAACUCAUACAGGAGAGAAACCAUAUACUUGCUCUGUAUGUCAAAGAAGUUUUUCUCGUCAAAGUUAUCUCAAACCACACAUGAGAACUCAUACUGGAGAGAAACCAUAUUCUUGCUCUGUAUGUCUAAGAGGUUUUUCUCAUCAAAGUGAUCUCAAACCACACAUGAGAACUCAUACGGAUGAGAAACCAUAUAGCUGCUCUGUAUGCCAAAGAAGUUUUUCUCGUCAAAGUAAUCUCAAAACACACAUGAGCUCUCAUACAGGGGAGAAGCUAUAUACUUGCUCUGCAUGUGAGAGAAUUUUUUCCCAUCAAAGUACUUUAAAAAGACACAUGAGAAUUCAUACGUGAGAGAAACUAUAUACUUGCUCUGUAUGUCAAAGUUUCUGGUUCAGGUCCUCUCAACUCCCAAAACACAAAAAUUUAUAGUAGAGAGAAACUAAGAAGCUGUAUAAUACAGGCAGUCUCUGGUUAUGGUGG